CAUUUUGAAAAAUGUUUUGCAUAAGUGUGAUUGAUCACAUGAAAUGAUGGUGACCAAUGCAUUUGUCUUCUCAUCUUUCUCGUCAGAUGCGUCCUGCACUUCAAGUCAUGCUAAUUUCUUCUCAUAUGCAUGAGGGCUAUUUGCAUUGGCGCACACAUCAGACGUCGUCCGGAUUUGGGAUGGCCCUUUUGACCCCGUCGAGGAGUGGACAAAGUCAUCGGGUGCACUGCUGUGUAAGCAGUGAUAAGGCACUUCUUAAUGUGUUUGCACAGAAGCUGGAGUAAAAAGGGCCUCUGACGCAGAAGGGCCCACAGCCUGCCGCCGCCUCCACAAUGGAGACCCCAACGCCAAACACGGCCCCAAAUGUCACACCACGCCUGGACAUGGCAGGGAGGGAUGAGCGGCCUGAUUGGACGGUGUCAGUGUGGGUGUCUCGUUUUAAAAGGCCCGGUGGAUGUGGCGUGACGGUAGAGGAAGCGCGGCGUAAAAUACUGUAAAGUGCAACACACUUGACAAGCCUUCUCAUCUUAGAGGCGCAUCAGUGCAAAAGAGUGCGGCAGGUGUACGAUUUGCCAUUUUGAGACAGAAAAUUGAGAUUAAUUUAGCUCUCAUUCACAGCUGGACGGUCUCACCUUCAGGUCACUGAGAUGUAUAAGGUGGACAUGCUGAAACUAUUGACCACAGUUGCUCUGCUGACUGUCGCUUCGGUGUUGGAUGCUGCUCCGCUGAUGCCUGGAGAACCAGCUGAUGGAGAUCCACAGAGGAAUAUUGAGGAAAAUGCAGCACAAGUGACGAGGAUUUUCGAGAAGCUACUGAAGACCAGACCAAUGACGACAUUUCCAGCCAGAGAUGGAAAAACCGUAGUGAUGAAAGCAUUAGACGAAAUAAUCACAGUGACAACUAUCCCAAAUAUCAGAGACAAAACCUUAGACACGGGUGUCAAUAAUCCAUUAAAGACACUAACACUUCUUUCUGAUGGACACGAGGAGAUUCGUGAUGGAUCUCUGAGCAUUGACCGCACAAACAGUUCACCCGAUUCCCGGCGGCAAACAGAGAAGAACAGACUGUUCAGACUGUCAAAGCUGAUUGAUUCAAACGAGCACGGCGACGCUCCAUCAGCAGCCGAACAAUCAGAUCCGGCCGCUCGAGAGGAGCUGGUGAAGAUGCUGAGUGCACUUGAAGAGCUUCACAAGUUAAUGAACAGCACACUGAGCCAUCGAAUCACCUUCAUAACCAGAGGAAAUAGCAACGGACGAAGUACUGGGAAGAAGAACAAAAUGACAGUUACAGAUGGAAACCUGAAAUCCACCACAGCGACCUCUAUAGACGGCGGUGGGAUUUCACCGAAGGCCAGCACUGACCAAAUGGAUCCCAAACUCAACGGAAAAGCCUUUAAACAGUCUCUUCCAUCAGCUAAGAAAACCAACAAGCGAGUGUGCUUCUGGAAGUACUGCUCUCAGAACUGAGAUGAGCAGC